CGAGGAGGGGCCGCAGCGGUGCCCAUGAGUGUGGGGCCAGAGGGGUCGUUGGAGGUGCAGCUGGCCCUGGAGACUGCUGUCCAGACCCUGGAGAGCAGCAGCGCCCCGGGGCCGGGGCCGGGGCAGGAGCAGAGCCCGAGCGCGCAGGAGCCGCAGGACCCGGCCCAGGCUGCCCGGCUGCCCGCGCGCGUCAGGGAGGUCGUCACCCAACACUUCGCCCAGCCCGAGAGCCCAGCUCAGCUGCCCGCUGCAGAGAUGGCAUCGACGCUGUCGCUUCAGGAGGAGAACCAGCUGCUGCAGCAGGAGCUGUCCCGCGUGGAGGACUUGCUGGCCCAGAGCAGGGCCGAGCGUGACGAGCUGGCCAUCAAGUACAAUGCAGUCAGCGAGAGGCUGGAGCAGGCUGUGCGGCUGGAGUCGGGGGAGCCGGAUGCGAGGGAGCCGCGGGGGCUGGUGUGGCAGAGCGUGGAGCUGCGGAGGCAGCUGCAGGAGGAGCAGGCCUCCUACCGGCGCAAGCUGCAGGCCUACCAGGAGGGCCAGCAGAGGCAGGCCCAGCUCGUGCAGCGGCUGCAGGCCAAGAUUAUCCAGUCCAAGAAGCAGUGCUCGGAGACAGAGCAGCAGCUGCGGGAGAGGUCCGCGGAGCUGGAGCAACAGCGGCUGAGGGAUGCAGAGCACAGCCAGGACCUGGAGAGCGCACUCACCCGCCUGGAGGAGGAGCAGCAGAGGAGUGCCAGCCUGGCCCAGGUGAAUGCCAUGCUCCGAGAGCAGCUGGACCAGGCAAACUCGGCCAACCAGGUGCUGAGUGAGGACAUCCGCAAGGUGACCAGUGACUGGACGCUUAGCCGCAAGGAGCUGGAGCAGCGGGAGGCAGCCUGGCGGCGUGAGGAGGAGUCCUUCAACGCCUACUUCAGCAGUGAGCACAGCCGCCUGCUGCUUCUCUGGAGGCAGGUCGUGGGGGUCCGGCGACUGGUCAGCGAGGUGAAGAUGUGCACGGAGAGGGACCUGCUGCAGCUAGGAGGGGAGCUGGCCCGGACCUCUCGCGCCGUCCACGAGGCCGGCCUGGGCCUGAGUGCAGGGCUGCGGCUGGCCGAGAGCAGGGCCGAGGCGGCGCUGGAGAAGCAGGAGCUGCUGAAGGCCCAGCUGGAGGAGCAGCUGCGGCACAGGGCGCUGCAGGAGAAGGACCUGGCCCAGCUGCAGCUGCAGAGCAACCUGGACAAGGCUGAGCUCAGUGCCAGAGUGACAGAGCUUGCCCUGAUGGUCGAACGCCUUCAGAGCCAGAGUCUGGAGAAGGAUCGAGUCAAUACGGCCCUCACUGAGAAGCUUGAGACCCUGGAAUCCUUGCAGCUCCAGGAAGCGGCGGCUGUGGAGAUGGAUGAGGGUGAGGGGCUGCAGCAGACCCUGAGGGACCUGGCACAGGCAGUCCUCUCGGACAUGGAGAGCGGCGUCCAGCUAAGUGGCUCUGAGCACACAGCGGAAGUGUCUGACGGCAGCCUGCGGGUCCUCUCGGGCACCCACACCCCGUCCCCACCGCGGCGCUGCUCGCCCGGCCCGGGCCGCUCUCCCCGCCGAGGCCCGUCCCCUGCCUUCUCCGACUCCUCCACGCUGGCUCUCAUCCAGUCUGCUCUGCACAAGCGUCAGCUACAGGUCCAGGACAUCCGUGAGCGCUAUGAGGCCAGCCAGGACCUCCUGGGCACCGUGCGCAAACAGCUCCGCGACAGCGAGGGUCAACACCGUGCCUUGGAGGGGCAGCUGCAGUGUCUGAGGGACAAGAUGGACGGGGCUGCCCAGGCCCAGGAGGACGCCCAGCGUGAGGCCCAGCGCCUGCGGAAUGCCGUGGACGUCCUGAGCAGGGAGAAGGACGGCCUGGCCCAGAGCCGGCAGGAGGCCCAGCAGCAGGCUGAGACGCUGAGGCAGGAGCUGGAGAAGCUGCAGGCGGCCCGGGAGGAGCUGCGGCGCCAGCGGGACCAGCUGGAGGAGGAGCGGGACGAUGCCGUCCAGGACAGCGCGCGCACACGCAGGGACCUCGAGCGCAGCCACAGGCAGCUGGAGCAGCUGGAGGUGAAGCGCUCAGAGCUGGCAAAGGAGCUGGUGGAGGUGAGAGAGGCGCUGAGCUCUGCCCUGCUGCAGCGGGACGUGCUCCAGGCCGAGAAGGCCGAGGUGGCUGAGGCGCUGGCCAAGGCCGAGGCUGGCCGAGUGGAGCUGGAGCUCUCGAUGACCAGGCUGAGGGUGGAGGAGGCCUCUCUGCGGGACUCCUUGUCCAAGAUGAGCGCCCUCAACGAGAACCUGGCCCAGGACAAGCUGGCUCUGAACCGCCUUGUUGCUCAGCUGGAGGAGGAGAAGGCUGCCCUGCUGGGCCGCCAGCGGCAGGUGGAGCAGGAGGCCGCCGUGGCCAGGGAGGACCAGGAGCGGCUGGAGCAGCUGCGGCUGCAGCAGGAGGCGGAGCAGCAGGGCCUGGAGGGCUCCCUGAGGGUGGCGGAGCAGGCCCGGGAGGCCCUGGAGCUGCAGCUCCCCACACUGCGCACGGAGCGCUGCCGACUGCAGGAGCAGCUGGCUCAGCUUUCCCGGCAGCUGAGCGGACGGGAGCGGGAGCUGGAGCAGGCCCGGCGGGAGACGCAGCGGCAGGCGGAGGCACUGGAGCGCUCGGCCCGGGAGAAGGAGGCGUUGGCCAGGGAGCGGGCCGGCCUGGCUGUGCAGCUGGCGGCCACCGAGCGGGAGGGCCGGACGCUGGCGGAGGAGGCCACUCGGCUGCGCCUGGAGAAGGAAACCCUGGAGGGCAGCCUGUAUGAGGCGCAGCGGCAGCUGGCCCAGCUUGAAGCCCGCCGGGAGCAGCUGGAGACGGACGGGCAGGCCCUGCUGCUGGCCAAGGAGAGCUUGACAGGGGAGCUGGCGGGCCUGCGGCAGCAGGUGACAGCCACAGAGGAGAAGGCGGCUCUGGACAAGGAGCUGAUGGCCCAGAAGCUGGCACAGGCUGAGCGCGGAGCCCAGGCCUCUCUGCGGGAUCAGCGCACGGCUCACGAGGAGGAAGUUCAGCGUCUCCAGCAAGAGAGGGAGGCGGCGUGGCGGCAGCUGGAGGCAGAGCGAGGGCAGCUGCAGGCCCAGCUGCUGCAGGAGCGGGAGGAGCUGCUGGCCCGGCUGGAGGCCGAGAAGGAGGAGCUGAGCGAGGAGAUCGCAGCCCUGCAGCAGGAGCGGGACGAGGGCCUCCUGCUGGCGGAGAGCGAGAAGCAGCAGGCCCUGUCGCUGAAGGAGUCUGAGAAGACAGCUCUGUCUGAGAAGCUGGUGGGCACCCAGCACAGCCUGGCUGCCGUCUCCCUGGAGAUGGAGAGGCAGAAGCGAGAUGCCCAGAGCCGACAGGAGCAGGACCGGAGCGCCGUGACUGCCUUGACGUCCGAGCUGAGGGAGCUGCGGGCCCAGCUGGAGGAGGCGGCAGCGGCCCACGCCCAGGAGCUGAGGAGCCUGCAGGAGCAGGCCCGGGACCUGGGCAGGCAGCGCGAGUCCAGCCUGCGGGAGGCGGAGGAGCUGCGGAAGCAGCUGCGCCUGCAGGAGGGCGCCCGAGACGCGCUGCGGCGGGAGCUGCAGGAGGCCCAGCGCCAGGUGCGGGAGGGCCAGGACGACCGCGAGGCCCAGCGCCGGGAGGCUGGGGAGCUGCGGCGCAGCCUGGGCCAGGCGGCCGAGGAGCGCGAGGGGCUGCAGCGCUCCAACCAGGAGCUGCGGGCUGCCGUCAAGAGGGCCGAGAGCGAGCGCGUCAGCCUGAAGCUGGCCCAUGAAGACAAGGAGCAGAAGCUUGUGCUGUUGGAGGAGGCCCGGGCGGCCGUGGGCAAGGAGGCCGGCGAGCUGCGGGCAGGGCUGCAGGAGGUGGAGCGCUCGAGGCUGGAGGCGCGGAGAGAGCUGCAGGAGCUCCGGCGACAGAUGAAGACUCUGGACGGUGAAAACGCCAGGCUGGCCCGGGAGCUGUUGGAUCUGCAGGGCCGCCUGGCACUGGGCGAACGGGCAGAAAAGGAGGGCCGUUGGGAGGCCCUCAGCCUCCGACAGAAGCUGCUCAAGGGCGAGGCCAGCCUGGAGGCCCUGAAGCAGGAGCUGCAGGGAGCCCAGCGGAAGCUACAGGAACAGGAGGGUGAAUUUAGGGCCCGCGAGCGCAGCCUGCUGGGCUCCCUGGAGGAGGCUCGCGGCACGGAGAAGCAGCAUCUGGAUCUCAGCCGCAAGCUGGAGCUGAAGCUGGAGGCCGGGCGCGCCGAGGCCGCGGAGCUGGGCCUGCGGCUGAGCGCGGCCGAGGGCCGGGCACAAGGCCUGGAGGCCGAGCUGGCGCGAGUGGAGGCACAGCGGCGCGCCACUGAGGUCCAGCUGGGCGGCCUGCGCUCUGCGCUGCGCAGGGGCCUGGGGCUCGGCCGUGCACCCAGCCCGGCCCCGCUACCCGGCCCUGGAUCCCCUGCCAGGGGCGCGCCUGCGGGAGGAAGCGGGGAAGGGCUCAGCAGCCCCCACCCCUUGGAACAAAGCCCCGGGUCCGAGCCGCCGUCCCCGGGACCUGCCUCCUCCCCGCUGUCUGCAGAUCUGGACCCGGAGUCGGUGCAGGGCUCGCUACGGGAAUUCUUGCAGGAGCUGCGGAGCGCCCAGAGAGAGCGGGACGAGCUGCGGGGCCAGGCCAGCACGCUGCGGCGCCGGCUGAGCGAGGCGGAGGCCGAGAGGGACAGCGCCGCUUCCCGGGCCAGGCAGCUGCAGAAGGCGGUGGCUGAGAGCGAGGAAGCUCGGCGCAGUGUGGACGGGCGUCUGAGCGGGGCCCAGGCCGAGCUGGCUCUGCGGGAGGAGGACGCACGGCGCGGAGAGCGGGAGCGCAGGGCGGCGCUGGAGCAGGUGGCCGCCCUGGAGAGGAGCCUGCAGAGCACCGAGAAUGAGCUCCGAGCCAGCCAGGAGAAGCUCAGCAAGAUGAAAGCCACCGAGGCCAAACUGGAGGGCGACAAGCGGCGCCUGAAGGAGGUGCUGGAUGCAGCCGAGAGCCGCGCCGUCAAGCUGGAGCUGCAGCGCCGCUCACUGCAGGGGGAGCUGCAGCGCUGCCGCCUGGGCCGCAGUGAGUGCGAGGCCCUCGCCCAGGCCCUGCAGGAGCGGGCCGCCUCCCUGCAGACACAGGUGGCAGACAGUGAGACUAAGGCCGGAACGCUGCAGCUGACGGUGGAGCGACUGAGUGGGGCUCUGGCCCAGGUGGAGGAGAGCGAGGGGGCCCUGCGGGACAAGGUGCGGGGGCUGACGGAGGCCCUGGCCCAGAGCGGUGCCACCCUGAACAGCACUCAGGACAAGAACCUGCACCUGCAGAAGACCCUCACCGCCUGCGAGCAUGACCGCCAGGUGCUGCAGGAACGGCUGGAUGCUGCCCGACAGGCCUUGUCUGAGGCCCGCAAGCAAAGCAGCGGCCUCACAGAGCAGGUGCAGACGAUGCGGGGUGAGGUGGCGGACCUGGAGCUGCAGCGGGUGGAGACCGAGGGCCAGCUGCGCCAGCUGCAGGAGGCACUGCAGCGGCGGCAGGAGAGUGAGGCGGCGGCCCUGCGCUUGGUGCAGAAGCUGCAGGAGGAGCGGCGGCUGCUGCAGGAGCAGCUGGGCAGCAUGCAGGGUGCCCUGGCUCAGCUGGAGGCCGAGAAGCGGGAGGUGGAGCGGUCAGCCCUGCGCCUGGAGAAAGACCGGGUGGCCCUCAGAAGAACACUGGACAAGGUGGAGCGGGAGAAACUCCGGAGCCACGAGGACACCAUGCGGCUGAGUGCCGAGAAAGGCCGCCUGGACCGCACGCUCACCGGGGCCGAGCUGGAGCUGGCCGAGGCCCAGAGGCAGAUCCAGCUGCUGGAGGCCCAGGUGGUGGAGCUGGAGCAGAGCCACAGCUCAGCCCAGCCGGAGGUGGAGUUUCCGCGCAGUGCCCAGGUGCAGACGGAGCACACCGUGGAAGCUCAGGAGCGGGCCCAGCGGCAGCGGGUUCGAGGGCUGGAGGAGCAGGUGUCCACGCUGAAGGGUCAGUUGCAGCAGGAGUUUCGAAGGAGCUCGGCACCCCUCUCCCACACUGCUGUCUCCCCCGAGAAGUGAGCCCCCUUUCCAGCACAUGUCUCAGAUUGAACCCACCCCCCGCCUCCCCCGUGGUCAGGACAGGAGAGGGGCCUGAGUCUAGCACAAUCUUCCCAGAGCCAGAGCCUGUGGGACCCCCUAGAGUAUGUUGGGGACAAGGGGCUUCUGCACCACACCCCACCCAGCUACUACCCACAUCUGUGAACCCCCUCCCCACCCUCCACCCCUGGGGAAUUAGCACUGCAGGCUGCACGAGUCCUCCCUGAGUAUGACUGAGGGAAGCCUGGAGUCUAGGCGCUGGUGACCCCCUGGACAACAGGCCCGUGUGACAGAGGAGGGGGUGUCUCAGGCCCUGGUCCCCGCUCUGUCUUCGCAACGGGCCCGUGUGACAGAGGAGGGGGUGUCUCAGGCCCUGGUCCCCGCUCUGUCUUCGCAGUGGCAGACUCUCCACCAGAGAUCAGUGUUUGUCAAGACAUUCCUUAGAGUUCCUGUAUUUUUGUACCUUUUUACAAAGUUCACUGUUGAGAACCGUUUUGUUUUCUUGUAACAAGAAGAUUCCAUUUUUCUAAA